CGUGAACGGUCGGGGCGGAGCGCCGACUGGAAAUACGGCGUAUACCUCAGCAGGAAUGCUCCGGUCAGAUGCUUACCCGCAACUCCCGCCGCUUCCUAAGCUCCCGGCGAAGGAGAUGGCCGGGCCUACGCCCUGGUCCAACUGGGCAUUACCAGGGAGGGUAAUUGCGGGAGCUUACCCAGCGAGCCUGGACGACGCGGAGACGGAAAAAAUCCUCACCACCAUGCUGGAGCUUGGCAUCAACACGUUUGUUUGCCUCCAAGCGGAGGUGAACAUCAACACCCCGGAGCACGCGUGGCGGGCGGGGCACGGGCUGCGGCCGUACAUCAAGGACGCACAGAAAAUCCUGAGCAAGGCGCACGAGCAGGGCAACCCUAAAAUCACGCAGCAGAAGAUCGAUUUCCUGCACCUGCCCAUCAUCGACGGCAACGUUACCACCGACUCGGCCAUGAACCGUCUCGCGGAGGAUUGCAUGGAGCGCAUCCUGCGGGGCGAGCGCCUGUACAUCCACUGCUGGGGUGGACACGGCCGUACCGGCACGCUGGUGGCCAUCCUGCUGGGGCGGCUGUACGGACUGCCGUACACCAACGCGUUGCGGUACACGCAGGCCUUCCACGACGCGCGCGUGUACCCGCAGGGCGUGCGCUCGCCGCAGACGCCCGUGCAGCGCGCACAGGUCCGCCGCCUGUUGGCCUCGCAGUCCGCCGGCAGCAUCUCCACGCCCGCCUCCAUCACCUCCGCCGCCACGCGCGGCGUGGCGCCGGUGCGCGCGCCCGUGUCCAGCAGCAUCGGCGUGGGCGGCAAGCCGCUGGCGGCGGGCGGCGGCGGCGGCAGCAUCCUGGCGGGCGGGUCGUCAGGGAUGCCGCGGCAGGGCGUGUCGGGCUCGGCGGUGACGGACGGGUCGCGGCCGGGGGCGCCGCCCUCGCCGCUGCGGGCAAGGGCUGGCUCCUCGACCAAUGUGGCGACGGGCGCGGGGGCGGCGGGCGGCCUGUCCCGCUACGGCUCGCGUGUGGGGGAAAGCCCCAUGCGCUCCUCCGUGGCAACGGACGCAGCCAUCCGCGCCAGUCAGCAGGACCUGCUCAAAGCCGGCGGCGGCGGCGGCGUGGCGGCGGACCGCCUCGCUAACGACUUCGCCAGGCUGCAGGGGCCCUCGGCGGCGGGCGGCCUGGCGGGGCGGCAAGGCGCCAACGCCGCGCUGCCGUACGUGCUCGCAAACGGCCGCGUCAAGCUGCGGUGAGCGCUGCGGCGGCGGAACAGCUUGGCGGCAGCAAGCGGCCAGAGGAGGAAGGGCGGCGGCAGGCGGGUGGGGAAAGCUGGGGCUGGAGCAGGUGGAUUAGAGCGCCGGCGGCAGUCUGCCGCCACCCGGUGUACACUCUUGUUCAUGUUGUUGGUGACCCGUGACAUGCGGCGGCGGUGGCGUGGUGAGCCCGCCGGUCGUUCUACGUACGGUAGUGCGUAUGACUGCUCGACCGAAGAUUCAUGAUGGACAACGUGGACCCGCAGCAGCAGUGCAACAGCAGCAGCCGGUCACAGCAGUGGCAGACGGACCAGCCGAAGCAGCAAUAGCAACAGGAGCCGGAGCGGGCGCGUCGUAAGCUGAUCAACGCUUGCGCAGAUAGGUGGGACCUUUUGCGCUAUCUCGUGUUGCAACGGCAGUGUGUUGGGACAGAGCGCAUCUUGGCCCGUCCUGUUCCUGCUACGGUGUUAGUUGUGGUUUGGUUUCCGCGGAAACAAAGCUGCACAGGGUUGUGCCGGGGUCUUGUCACCGGUUGUGGUGCAGUGCUGGACAUGAGGUGAAGACCUUGACCAAGCGGGCACAAGUCUCACUUGCAUGAGCGCUUUCAGACUGGGCCCAGAUGUGUGCUACCGUAUUUUGGUAUCGGGUGCUGGGAUCACUCGAACAUCGGCGACGGGAAGUCACAUUCUUGUGGUUGGGAGCCACGGCUGCUGUUAUCAGCUGUUGGCACCUGAACUGAAGCAGGCAUGCGCUUGGGUGUGCCCGCGUGCCUGUUGGUGUUCCCUGCAUGUGGCUUCCGGCCCCUCGGGCUAAGGGCAACUUUACAAAAACGUAUUUUUGCAUCACGUGGGAAGAUGCCGUGUGUUUUGGAAAGGCUAUGGCUGUCACGGACAGCGGGAGGCGGUUUACAGGUGACAGCGGCAGGCGGUUUACAGGUGCUUUGGAACGGCGGAGGGAUUGGCUAGCGGUAUGCAUGAAACCUGCUGAUGCGGGGUCCCACGUGGGGCACCAACCUAAUAUUACACAACCGUGUUGUCAUCGGGAGGGCUGCGUGUGGUGCUGCUUAUUACGCGUGAGAUGUUUGGCCAAGGGCACACGUGUGCGCGUGUUGGUAGCAUUCACGGAACGGGUGUUGCGUGCGUGGGCAAAGUGUGUGUUUACGACGCAGGGAAUGCGCCCGACGAUAGGACUUCGAGGUCUACGACCUGGAUAGUGACUAAGCCUCUGACUGCAAGAUGGGCGUUGCAAACAUGACGAAGAGUGUGUGCGCGACAGUGUGCGUGCGUGUAUACAGCACUCGAGCCAACAUGGCGCCCCACCAGUUUUGCGCAUCAGGUGGUAUGGGGUCUAUGCAUCUUACUAUCUCGUGAGUACCUGCUUUGACCCGGACGAAAGGUGCUGUGAGCGCAAGACACAAAGCGCAUGUGAGUUGUGGGGGUAUUGCUGUGGGUAUAGAACGUCUGAUACCUCACAGUGUCACGGCGCGGACGGCUGCGGACGGACGGGCUCGAGGCCAAAGGCAAGUCGUUGUGUAAACAGGUGUAAACGUUUUUGCGC